UUGUGUGUAGUGAGUACGAACAUGGAUUCAAAAGAAAGAGACGAUACACAAAGUCUGAUCAAGAGUAGGGAGAUGCUCUUAAAGCUUCAACAGAAGAUUGAGAAAGCCACUUCUGAGCUCAAAGCGUCAGGAUCAUCCGCUUCAGCUUCACCUGAACUUCAAAAUAUCUCUCAGCAAAUCCAACAACUUCUCGUGAUGACGACUAGGAAUGAUCAAGAUCCGAGUAAAGCGACGUCGCAUAUUCGCGAUGAGCUUGACAAGGUGUUUGCUGCUGAGGAAGUUGGGCACUCGUGUGACUUGUGCCAGAGAGAUCUAGCAUCGGAUCCAGAACGGCCUAACGCUUCUUUGCGCAGCUUACAAGAGUCGUGCGUGCUGGCUUGUGGUCAUGUCUACCACUUCAAGUGUUUGAAAGGCACCACUCUUGAUCUCGAUAACCCUUCCUGCAUUUUCUGCAUUAGUUCCUCCAACUAAAUGAACCUUAUACAUGAUCCCA